GCUGACCCAAAAAAUCUAUUGCUAAUUCUCAUAGGUUUGCCAAACCCUUGAAACAGAGAGAGAGAGAGAUGAGGAAAAAGCAUAGGUGAAAAAUGAAGACAAUGGUAGCAAUGGCACUUCCAGCUUCCACAGUAUUGCCUCCAACCCCAACUUCGAAAUUUCGGAUUAAGCAUUUUCACGGUCAAUUACAAAGGCACUCGAGAUCAUGUGUCCAUCACCAAACCUUCCCCACAUGUUCUAUGAAAGUAUCAAUGAAAGAAUUUAGUGACCCAAAUAAAUUCAAGACGCAGAUCAAUAUUGCAAUGAAGAAGCUAUGGGAAGUCAUCCCUGACUCAGUUAAAGAAAUCCCAUGGAAGAAAGCAGAGGGCAUUCUGCUUGAGCGACUUAUUUUUCUUGGACAGAAAGGAUUAAAGUGGACUCUUAUUACGUUGUUCAUUUUUAGUUCCUUAUCAGAUGUCAUAUUUUCACUCUCUAGAAACCAAGAACUUAUCAUUCCUUUUGGUCUCUUUGUUGGCUGCUUGAUGACUGAUUUUAUCAAAGAGGCGUCACAAGAACUGUUUUGCCACUUAGAGGACAAAGGUUUGACGUGGCAACUUCUAGGCAUUGCUUGCUUCUUUGUUCUUAUUAAGUUUCUCUCUACAAAUUUUGCAUUACAAGCACGUGUUUUUCUUUUGCAUUUGGCAAAUGGCGGGUUGAUGCAACUCUUGUGGUUGUGGAGAGAAGAAAGAGAUAAAAGCAAUGGGGAGGUCUACUCAAAGGACCAAGAUGCUUCACUAGCCAAGGAUGGAGGUGAUUGAAUAAUAAAGAUUUACUGCUGGACAUUAAAGUGCUUAAAUCAGAUGCUCACAGAAAAAGAAAUUUGGGACCUAUUUUCCAUAUCAAUCACUGGGAAAUUGUCCCUGAGAAAUGGCUUAGACCAUUUGUGCUUAAUGAUGAUAUCAGCUGGGAUUAUAUGUCGUGUCAUCGGAAACCGAUUCUACAAACAAAUUUCAAAUAUGAGCUCUGAUGCCUUUUUUACCAA